AUGUUCGCGGACUUUGUGCGCAAGUGCGGACUAUCCAAGAAAAGGCUACACCAGGAGCUCUACCCUCUCGAGUUUGGACAAAGUGCACGGACUGGUGAGUUCCCCAUUGCAGUUGCUGCUUCGGGAGGCGCUGAUAGCAUGGCAUUGAUGCUGUUGCUGAGAGAAUAUCUGCAGGAGAAUCGCAUUCAAACCCCGCUUCUGGUGGUUACAGUGGACCAUCGGUUGCGGCUUGAGAGCAGCAGAGAAGCACUAGAGGUGGCUAAAAUUUGUGCCGAUCACGGUGGUAUACAUCAUGUCACGAAAGUGUGCGAUUGGUACCGUGAUGAAGCAGAACAACAAGCUGGAGAAGGACGUGUGGCUGAUUCGUCAAGGCUGGUAAAACCACGCAAUAGCAAGAUGGAAGAGCAAGCACGACAGUAUCGGUACGACUUGUUGCGGCAAGCUUGUCUAGAGCACCGAGUGCGGUGUUUGUUCGUGGCUCAUAAUCAUGGCGACCAGAUCGAGACGAUGCUUUUUCGUCUUGGGAGGGCGAGUGGUAUUAAUGGGUUGGCAGGGAUAGCAAGCCAAUUGCCAUUCUUCUCAGUCGAUGAAUCAUUGACUCGUCCCCGUGGCACUCAAGAUUUGGAAGCAGUUGAUAUGGCAAUGCUCGUUCGGCCGUUACUUUCUGUCACAAAAGACAGAUUGAUGGCAACCUGCAAUCGAUUUCAGCAAACGUGGAUACACGAUCCCUCCAAUGAUAACCUCAUCUAUGAUCGUGUUCGAAUACGUCAGGAGCUUAAGCGAAUUGAAAGAGAACAAGGAGCCACUAUCCUAGACUUGUUCUCUAGGUUCCAGAAGACCGCUGAGAAGGCCAAGAAAGAGUUUGAACGUGCUGAACGAUAUAUACUUCACAAGUACACUGUCACCUGGGAGCCAGACAUUGUCGUCAUGCAGAAGGCAAUCUUCCACGAUCCAAAAGUGUUUAGCGAGCUGCUUUAUCGGUUGCUUUCGCUUAUCAUUGUACACAUUGGCAACAAGGGGGCGCCUCCACGGUUGGCAUCCGUCGCUCGUCUUGCACGCAAUCUACAGCAUCUGGAGACAGGGAAGCAGCUUACGUUAGGCGGAUGUCGGAAGUCUGAGCAAAUUGAGGUGGCACCAGUACCCGGGUUCUUUGGCCACGUCGUGAGCCCUGGCCAGCCGCUUCGGUGGGCGAAUGACGUCGAGGAGUUUUGCAUGCAGCUGAACUCGGCGGCGCUCGGCGCUGACGCAAGUAAGGGCCGUUCCACGCUGUCCAUAGUGGCCAAGACGUCCAAGAUCGCGCUGUGCGCGCUGACGAUGGGGGUGACGGAGCAAUGGAACUUGACGCAGACGUUUACGCCCAUGGACGGAGAAAUUAACCUCGUCGUUGAUGGACCCAAUCCUAUCCAUGUCACAGGUUUCAUCGAGGUGGCCGGAGAGGAAGACAGCGGUGAUGAGCACGAUUAUGACGAUAAUGAUGACGAAGAGGAUGAAAUGAUGGUGUUUGGAGACGAUUCCUUGAGCGAUGUAGAUGCUGAUGAAGAAGUAGACCUAAUCGAUCAGGACAAUCAGGACAAGAAGAGCCGUUUUGAAGUUCUUGAAGAACGCGUUCACAACAAGGAGCCAGAGUCGAAGAAAAAGUCGCCAAAGAAAGAGGCCAAGAAGAAGGAGGGGACAAAAAAGAAGGAGGAGACAAAGAAAGAGGCUCAGAAGAAGGAGGAGACCAAGAAGAAGUUGAAGAAGGACGUAGUUGCUGAGAAGGUGGCCGCUGGCGCUGCUGAGGUUGAGAAGAAGGCGAAUGAUGAAAAAGAAGUGGCCAAGAAGAAAGCCAAGACGUUUAAGCUGAUGGAGAAGGAGAAAAGGAUUGCGGAGAAGCUUGCCGAGGUCACUGCUACAAACCCGAAAAGCAAGAAGCGCGCGGCUCCAGUAGAGUCUGUUGAGGUCCCGAAGAAAGCUAAGGGUGCUACCCGUGUGCACAAGGGCGUCACCAUCGAGGAUGUCGCUGUUGGUAAGGGUCGUCCCGUGCAGCGCGGCCACAAGGUGGGCAUCGUGUACCGCGGCCGUCUGACGAACGGCAAGCAGUUUGACGCGACUCAGAACCGCAAGAAGCCGUUCACUUUCCGCCACGGCAUUGGUGAUGUGAUCAAGGGAAUGGACAUUGGUAUUGAAGGCAUGCGUGUCGGCAGCAAACGCACGAUCACUAUCCCGUCGCGUCUGGGCUAUGGCCGUGAGGGCUCGCCACCUGUCAUCCCAGGCAAUUCCGACCUUAUUUUCGAGAUCGAAGUUGUCACCGCAUAG